UCUGGGGAUUCAACAGUUUGAUGUAUUUAAAGGUUAUUAAAAAAUAGUUCAAUAUAAAAGACCCAAAUAUUCAGGUUGUUGAAUAAAUCUGCAUGUUUAUAAUCUCAAAUUUGGAAUUAGGCAGGUUAUAGAAAUAGAUAUUGAAAUAAGACAUUUUGAACAUUUGAAUUUUAUAUCAAACCAGUUUUCACUGCUCAAUUCUAAUUCAGCUUCGGGAGAUUUUUAAUCGCAUUUCCUACAGCAGAAAAACAGCGCCUGCAGUUCCUUUCCGCGCCAGCAGGGGGCGAAAGAACUAUGUGGCUGAAGACGUAGAAGAAGAAAGGAGAAGAAGAAGAAGAAGAAGAGUUUGUUUUUGCUCUGUGGUUCAUUGCUAUCCAUUUUUGGGUUCUGGUUCCGAGGUUCGGUUGAAAAAAUAAAUGGUACUAUUCAGCUGACCGUGGUUCUGUAAACCCCAGAAGAGGCUCGUGGACUCACCGCUGCUCGAUUCCGCUUCACAUCGGCGCGUUCGGUGGGAAGAGGACGACUCCUUAGGAUGCUUCUCUGCUGGUUCAUCCAACUUCUCCUCUUUUCCUCCCCUGCUCAGAGCGACCUCUUCACCUCCAUUGGUCAGAUGAUGGACCUGCUGAUGGUGGAGAAGGACCUGGUUUCCUCCCUGAAGGACUAUAUCUCUGCAGAGGAGGAAAAACUGCAGCGCUUAAAACAGUGGGCGGAGCGACUCGACGUCCUCUCAGCUGCUUCCUCUGAAGACCCUGAGGGUUUCCUCGGUCACCCUGUAAACGCCUUCAAACUGGUGAAAAGACUCAACACGGAGUGGGCGGAGCUCGAGAGUCUGGUGCUGACGGACAUGUCUGAUGCGUUUAUCUCCAACCUCACCAUCCAGAGGCAGUUCUUCCCCAACGAUGAGGACCAAGCAGGGGCGGCCAAAGCUCUGAUGAGGCUGCAGGACACCUACCAGCUGGAAACCAGCAUCAUCUCCAGUGGACAGCUGCCAGGCUCAGAGGAUUUACCGCGCAGUGUCUUGACGGUAGAUGACUGCUACGACCUUGGAAAGGUGGCGUACUCGGAGGCUGAUUACUUCCAUACCAAGCUGUGGAUGACUCAGGCCCUGAGGCAGUUGGAGCAGGGGGAGGCGUCCAGCACCGUGGACACCGCCACCGUCCUAGACUACCUGAGUUACUCUGUUUACCAGCAGGGGGAGCUGCUGGCAGCGCUUGACUUCACCAAGCGGCUUCUGGAACUCGACCCGACUCACCAGCGAGCUAAUGGCAACCUGAAAUAUUUUGAGUACCAGCUGUCCAAGAAAAAGAAGGCGGAGCAGAUUGAUGAGGAGGAUCAGAAUCAGAAGGGGGACCAAGCCAACGAGUAUUUGCCAGAGAGGAGGAAGUACGAGCAGCUCUGUCGAGGCCAAGGUGCCCUGAUGACUCCGCGCAGACGGAGUCGCCUCUUCUGCCGUUACUUCAACAACCAGCGACAUCCAAACUACCUGAUCGGCCCGGUCAAGCAGGAGGAUGAGUGGGACAGUCCGUACAUCGUUCGAUUCCAUGACAUUGCGUCAGAAAAAGAGAUGGAGAUGGUGAAGGAGCUCGCCAAACCUAGACUCAGACGAGCCACGGUGCACGACCCUCAGACAGGAAAACUCACCACGGCACAGUACAGAGUCUCCAAGAGCGCCUGGCUCGGAUCGCAUGAACAUCCCGUAGUGGACAAGAUCAACCAGAGGGUUGAGGAUAUCACAGGGCUGGACGUCAGUACGGCUGAAGACCUGCAGGUGGCAAACUACGGAGUCGGCGGUCAGUACGAGCCUCAUUUCGACUUUGGACGGAAAGAUGAGCCGGAUGCAUUUGAGGAGCUGGGCACCGGGAACCGAAUCGCCACCUGGCUGCUCUACAUGAGCGACGUGCAAGCAGGAGGUAACACCGUCUUCACCGACAUCGGAGCUGUUGUUCGGCCCAAAAAGGGGACGGCGGUAUUCUGGUACAACCUGCACCGUAGUGGAGAAGGAGACUAUCGAACUCGACAUGCGGCCUGUCCGGUUCUGAUCGGGAACAAGUGGGUUUCCAACAAAUGGAUCCAUGAACGAGGGCAGGAGUUCAGGAGACGCUGCAGCCUUCAGCCGUCAGGAUGACCACGACAAACCUUCUUCAUUGGAUAGUCUUCCUCCUCGGACUGCAGUCUUUCCUUGUGUGUCUGCUUCAAAGUCUGCAUCUUCUUUCUGUUUUUAAGUUCAGACGAUGUGAAGAACAAAGAUGUAGGUGUGACUGCUGCUGCUCUUCUUUCUGUUUGCCAGGUUUAACCAGAAUCACAUUUAUGGAUUUUUAUGGUUUUAGGUGAAAUCAUGGUCAGUGGAGCAUCACCUGUUUUAUCUGAGAAAUCUCAGGCUGCAGAAAUGUGUGAUGAGUCAGCAUUUUAUGACUUUUAAUGCAGUGAUUUUUAUCCUGAAAGUCUUCUUUGUUGUUAGUUAAAUGAAACCACAUUUCAUAUUUCAUAAAUUAUUGUUAGUUUCUGCAGAAAUGCCAAAAGUGUCACUGGAAUCUGAAAAUGAACAGCUCUUUUUUUCAAGUUUCCAUGACAACCACAGCAUCGUUGCACAUCAAGCCCCGCCCACUGUUCAGCCAGAAAAUAGAUCAUUGGAGCUGAAAUGUUUGAAGAAUUAAAAUGGAUCGAUCUAAAAAGUGACACUGGACUAAAAUGUGUAUUUAAAUGUUAAAAGAUGAUUUAAUUUUUUUAUUUAAUAAAUGCACUUUAUUUAUUUAAAAGAAAAACUGUCUAAAGUUGUAAACAAAAGUGGCGUGAAUUGCAUAAUGUUUAAGAGGAAUUGUUGAUUUUUGCCUUAAAGUGUAAAUUAAAAUGAGUUUUAAAAUAAAAUCUGCUAAAUAUCAAA